ACCAAACACAGGAAAGAGAAAGAGAGAGUGAGUGAGAGAGAGAUUGUUCUAAAAUAUAACAUCUAGCAGGCACUCCUAUUCUCUUUAUCUCCUGCUCUAUUUCUCCCACACACGAGGCAAAUAAAAAGGCCAUUGCUGAUGUCAUUGCCAUGGCUGAUAUAAAUACAACACAGAUUUCUGUCCGCUCUGGGAACCCGCUGACAACUGGCCACUCUUGGCAGUAUGAGGCAGAGAGGGGGACACAAAUGGUUGUUACUCUGCUCAUCUUUUUGGUGGGCGUACCUCUGAAUGGACUGGUGGUUUGGUCACUUGGACUGCGAAGUAAUCGCCACCUGUUUCGCAGAGGCAGCAAUGAUGAAACACGUGCUGCCAACAGUUUCCGAAUCUACGUGAUUCACUUGGCCUUUGCUGACCUGGUGCUGCUCCUGCGUACCCCUCUCAUGUUGGGCUAUUUGGCCCGCAACUACAGCUGGCCUUUUGGCCAUGGUUUCUGCCAGCUGAUCAUGUUCCUGCGAGGCCUGGGGUUAUAUGCCUCCGCUUUCCUCCUCUGUGCAGUGGCCCUGGAGCGAUGCCUGUGUCUGUUGAAGCCUGUGUGGGCUCGAUUGCGUCGCCCUGCCUGGGCUGUUCCUCUGGCCUGUGCUAUCCUGUGGCUGAUUGCUGUCGUCUUGUCUGCCCCUUACUUUUAUAGUGCCAACCUAUGGGAUAGAAACGGGACAUACCACUGUGUGGAGAGUUUAGGAUUCAACAUGGGGCUGUUCCUUGCAGAAACGGUUGCUGGUUUUAUCUUGCCAUUGCUGGUGUUCUUAGGGAGUAACCUGGCUGUAUUGCUCACCGUUCGGAAGGCACUGCCACCGACGCCAACUUCUUCAACCCCUUCACUUGCCCGCAGGAUGACCAGGAUGUAUCACGUGAUGUUUUUGACCAUGCUUCUCUUCCUCACCUGCUGGGUGCCCUAUUUUGUUUGUCGGUUUCUGCAGUCUUUGGCCAACGGAGACAGUGAUCAGGUUACAAGAGCACGUCGUGGUGCAUACAUUUCUCUGUUCCUGGUGUACUUCAAGAGUGCUCUCAACCCGGUGCUGUAUGUGUUCGCCGCCCGAGGCUUGGGCCGGGCCAUCAAAGCUUCACUGGUCUCCACAAUUGAACGGCUUUUCAAUGAUGACUCCAUGGAGUCCAUACGCCGAAAGUCAAUUAAGAACUCACUCAAGAAUUCACAGAUAUAG